AUGUGGAAGAGACAAUUCAGUACCAACGGCGACAAUGGUUAUGGAGACGACGGGUAUGGCUAUGGCUCCGGCUACGACGGCUAUGAGAGCUGGUGGUGGACUCCUGCUGGCAUGGCAGUCCGCUACGUGAUCGUCGCAUUGCUUUUUGCUAGUGUCUUAUUGUUCUUCGUCGGCGGCUACUAUCAUGCGCGCCGCCGUUUACGCAAGGGGCUCCCACCACUCCGAUAUCAUCGAUGGUUGGUACGACAGCAUAUUCUGAACUCACAACAGCAGUACGGACGCCACCAAAACCCACCAAACGCAUACCAGAUGGAAAAUUACGCACCCCCACCUCCUGCGUACAACCACGCCGAAAUGCCGCCACCGGUUUAUCAGCCUCCGCAAGGUGCGAGCAAGAUCAUGGCGGAUCAAAGCUACGUGCACGUGCAGCCUCUGCCGCCAGUCCCUACGCAAGAAGAGGGUGAGAGUAGUGGGAGACCGCCGGUGCCUCGCCAUUGA